GCAGUGCAACAGGGCGAUAGUUGUGUCAACCGAUGGGCAGCACUUUUGUGAUUCAGUGUGUUUGUUGUUGAUGCGUAGCUCAGCAACAGAAUUUAAUUAUUUUGAGCUGCUCCUUGUGUAGUGCUUGAAUCUCCAAACAUAUUUCAUUUCGUGACGUCACAGAACAAGGCUUCAACAUGAAUUAUGGUCGCAAGACGCCUUCGACCUAUCGAUCGAAUCCCUCGAUGUAUUCCCAUGCGACGGGCAGAUCUUCUACAAAUUUGCACUCGAAAAUGUCGCGCUCCACGCGAAGCGUUCGCAUUCCAUGGUACCAGCGGCCGCUCCUGAAGAACAACCAAUACAUCGAUAUACAGAAGGGAGCCAUGCUGAUUGGCCUGUUCGCUGUGUUUCUUUCGCUCUUCACCAUUGCCACCACGAUCUUUGACAUUUACUGCUAUGCGAUGGCCGCCCCAGGAUCCACACAUUACGGUUACUAUAUUAUAUCGUACGAGUUUGUCUAUGUUGGAAACAAGCACGUCCGCAACAUGCUGAUCGUAUUCGCCCUCUUCUCGCUUAUUAUGGCCCUGGUGAACUUCGUGACCAGCAUCCUGCUGUGCGUGGCCUUGCGUAAGCAAGAAAAACUUGGAGCACAGAAACGCUUACUGAGCAGAAGGGAGUACGAGCGGAAGGUGAUGCCCUGGCUGUGGAGCUUUGCCAUUUUCACCAUUUGGCGCGCCUUGGCCCUCAUCUUCUUUGCCAUUGUCAACGAUCUGUACUUUGCUUACAACAUCAUAAUGGUGCUGCUCUGGAGUAUCUUCUGUCUGGUCUCCAUCUACGGCUGGGCCGUUGUCUAUUCGCUGUUCCUGGAGCUGGUGGACUUGACCAAGCUGGAAGAUUUGGCGCACUUGCGCAUGGGCACCAUGGCCUCGCUGCACGCCUCAACAGCCAACUCGCUGGCCGGCUCUCGUCCCACAACACCCCACAGCACUGUAUCCACAAUGCCAGUGGGUUAACAGUCGUAUUAUCGCACAUUAAGCUCAAUAAUCCCGUCCAUUAGAACCCAUUUAAGCCAUGGUUAGGCAGGGAUUUAUGUGUAAACAUUCCAUAUUCACCAGUUGCGUGCCUUAGAUGCGUUCAAACCAUAUCAAAAACGAAUUGCGAUUGCAAAUUUUUAUACAUACACAUAUGAAUCUAUAUAGUGUUUAAGCCUCAUUCCGUCCACUUACAGACAUUUUAAUUUAAUCGAAUAUUUUUGUUAUUGCUGAAAUCUCUGUCAUAAUAUGUGUUUACCUGACUUAUUUUUACUCACACAUCCACCGUCCAAUAUACCAAUAUUUUAUGCAAAUUA